GCCCACUUUUCUUUUACAUUGGACAACUUGACGAAACCCACCACAGAUUUAAAUCUUAUAGAAAUGCACGUUAGCAGCACCAUCAUCACCACCACCGCCGCCGCUAUCCAACGUAAGCUAAGGAGAGGUUAAAGUCGGAAAGCAGUCAACGUCAUCGGAGACGAUGAAGUGUGUGUCCUGCAAAGAUGAGUACGGCGCUGCUGACGCCGGCACGUGCAGAGAGUGCUACGAGGAGGCGAGCGAGACUGAGGAAGAACUGAAGCGUGAGAUCGAAGAAUUAAAAUCAAAAGUUAACUUUCUCCGUUUUUGGUCCCCUGUGGACUCCCGCUCCCACCAUUACCACCGAUCUACAACCCCAUGCUUCACCGACGUACUUCUGGUGGCUUUUGAUGAAGAUUCCGGCAAACCUGUGGCUAAUUCUGUUCCUGUUCCAGCCAAUAAGGCCGUUCUGACGAGUCGUUCGCCAGUAUUCCGAGCCAUGCUUGAAACCGAAAUGGAAGAAAGCCUGAGUGGGACCAUCAAAAUAAGCGAUGUAUCAUAUGAUGCUCUGCGUGCAUUUGUGAAUUAUUUGUAUACAGCGGAAGCAUGUCUUGAUGACGAAAUGGCAUGUGAUCUUUUAGUGUUGGCUGACAAAUAUGAAGUAAAACAUCUCAAGAUUUACUGUGAGAAAUUCUUGAUUUCAAAACUGAACUGGGAGAGUUCGCUUUUAAGCUAUUCCUUUGCUCAUCAGCAUAAUGCAAACAACUUGCUUGAUGCCUCAUUAUCGAUAAUUUUGGAUAACAUGGAGAAGGUAAGUAAGCGUGAAGAAUACAUGGAGCUUGUGGAGAAAGAUCCACGGAUUGUUGUGGAAAUUUAUGAAGCAUAUUUGUCCAAACAAGUUAAUACCGCUGCUGCUGCUGAUAGCCAUGAUGAUAAGGUAGUAAAACGUCGUUAGAUUGUUACAUGAGUAUAUGGUAUCCGUU